AUGAAUUGGAAAAAGGAGAGUUGUUCAAACAGGAUUUUGUCUGUCCUAUCAUUGCCAGUAUGUGAUAUCGAUUGGACGAACAAUAGAUGGUGGCCUUUUGUUUGGCCUAUCAUUGAUCGAAUUGCUGAUCUAUUGGACAAACAAAAUUCUGCCUCCAAAUUCUCUUUGAUUGACCGAUUUCCCUCCUACAUUUAUUAUUAUUUGGAUCUCGAUAAGAUAAACAUGUCUGGAAAAGGUAAAGGAGGCCGUGGAAAUGUGGAGGGAAAGACGAUGAGUCGUUCUGCUCGUGCUGGAAUCACCUUCCCUGUGGGUCGUAUGGCUCGUUACAUGAGAGAUAUGAGAGUGGCUGAUCGUAUCGGUGCUGGAGCUCCUGUGUACUUGGCUGCUGUGAUUGAGUACUUGACUGCUGAAAUUCUGGAGUUGGCUGGGAACGCUGCUCAGGACAGCAAGAAGAACCGCGUGGUUCCUCGCCACAUUCAGUUGGCUGUGCGCAACGAUGAAGAGUUGAACGCGCUGUUCGGCAACGUGACGAUUGCUUCUGGAGGUGUGAUUCCGUUCGUGCACUCGGAGCUGCUUCCCGAUAAGAAGGAGGACGAGGAGGACGACAGUGAGGAGAAGGAAGACAAGGAAGACGCUGAGUAAAGUCGACUAAGCUAGUUUUUCUGAAAACUAUAUCUCAAA